AUGUCAAUGGACGUCGCUGGAUUCUGGGUGAGGCUGACGGCCUUGCUUUCAGUGUUUGACACAAACAAGCGGGCUAACUCGGGACAGUCCUCGGACACCAAGUUCCGGCUGUUCACGCGGCUGAAUCCACACGUGGCCAUUUUCCUGGUGAGCGCCGAGAAGGACACCGUCCUCAACUCCACGUUCAACGCGCAGUGGGAGACCAAGAUCUACAUCCACGGAUACCUCAACAGCGGCAAGCUGUUGGCGCCCGAAAUGGAGCUCAAAGACAGGUUUCUGAUACGCGGGGACUACAACAUCAUUAUGGUGGACUGGGGCCGCAAGUCUCAGGACCUGUACGGUCGGGUGGUGAACCAGGUGGUGCCCGAAGUCGGGCAGCAGUUGGCAACUCUCAUCCGGGUCAUCCAGAACGCGACGGGAGCCAAUUGGAAGAGUUUUCAUUUGAUCGGAUGCAGUAUCGGAGCGCACGUCGCCGGCUUUGCGGGAAAGUACCUGAAGAGCCAGAUUGGAAGGAUCACAGGUCUCGAUCCAGCGUCACCGAGGUACAAGAAUCUCGCUUCGCAGAAAAGGUUGAGUAGAACCGACGCCGAGUUUGUUGACGUCAUCCAUACGGACGUGUCCGGCAUGGUGCCUUUCGGAGGAUUUGGACUUCGAGAGCCAAUAGGACACCUCGAUUUUUUCCCCAACGGAGGAGAUAAGCAACCCAACUGUUCAAGAGCCGAUGUCCUGUGCGAGCACCUCCGGUCCUACGACUACUACAUGGAGACCAUCACUCGUGACCCUUCUUGCGUCAUGGUGGGUUUUGUCUGCUCCGACUGGAGCACCUUCCUCCAAGGUCGCUGCACCGACUGCGGACCCCGGAACGACUUGUGCUUCAAGUUUGGCGAACCCGCGGCAGUCUACAAGGCCUUCAAGGAUGACUCGAAGUCCCUGGUGGUCUACAUGAAGACCGGAGGCUACUACCCAUACUGUGUGUAUCACUACGAGGUGAGGCUGGAGGUGAUUGCUGAUGUCGCCGGUCGGUACAGCAUGCAGAACUCUUCGCUCACGCUCACCCUCGGGACCAAGAUUCAGCUGCACAUAGCACUUACGCAGAUAGCUCCGAGCUUCAAGUCUCUGGUGCACAGCUACACGAACCUGGUGACGAGCCUGGAGCCGCUGGACGGCCUCAGCGAAGUGACGGUCAGCAAGAAGGCAGACUUCGCAAACUUGGAGUCUCUCGUCAACUUCGUCCACAUGAAACCCAUGAAUCAAGCUAGUCAAAGGGAGCAGAUCCGGAACUCCAAGCUGUUCUGUCCCAUCGGAAACACCUUGGUUCGGAAGAGGUUGUCCAUCCUCAAGCUUUCGGCCUGCACCUCUUCGUGAAACGUCCUCGACCGCCAUUCUCUACGUCGUGUGCGAUUCGGAUAGUAUGAUAAAUUGAAGA